AUGUGCAGGUUUAAAGAUAAUAGUGUACUUUUCUAUUUAUUACUUUUUUCUUGUUUGGUUACAUCAUACACCACACCACCUAUUCUCUCCGAAAAAGACAUCAUCAAACUCGUUAUUGAAAAACAGUCAGCGAGAGAGUUGCAACUAAGCUCAAGAAAACGAAAAUAUGAGUUAUCCAAACAAGAAUCUAUUAGCAAUUUUACUGUUCAGCCAGAAGUCAUUCCAGAAUUUUUCGACGCUAGAAACAAAUGGCCCAAAUGUAAAAGCUUACACAAAGUUAGGAACCACAAAAUGUGUGGUGCUGGAUGGGCUUUUGCCGCUGCUGCAACCAUGAGUGACAGAUUGUGUAUACAAAGCGAUGGACAAUUAAACGUUGAGUUAUCACCUCAAGAGCUUAUUUCAUGUUGUGCUGAUUGUGGAGGAUGCGGUACUGGAAAUUCUCUUAAGGCAUGGCAGUUUUGGGUGGACAAAGGUUUAGUGACGGGUGGUGAUUAUGACGGUUCUGUUGAAGGUUGCAAACCAUAUUUGGAAUCGACUGCUCAUUAUCGAGAAAUACCCGUUUGUAACGAGGGGUGUGCAGACAAUUACAACACUUCUUAUCAAGAAGAUAAAUACUUCGGUAAAGAUUUUUACACUAUUAAGAAAAAUGUUUCCCAAACUCAGAUCGACAUAAUGACCAAUGGACCAGUCCAAGCGGGUCUAGAAGUGUAUGAAGAUUUUUUUAAGUACAAAAGAGGUGUUUAUCGCCACAAUGCUGCUUCAAAACAUGUAGGUUAUACACAUGUGAAGCUUUUGGGUUGGGGUGUCCAACGUAAUGUACCCUACUGGUUAGCAGUGACAACCUGGGGUUCAGAAUUUGGUGGUUUAAGUGGAUUUUUUAAAAUUCUCAGAGGGAAAAAUGAAGCAGGAAUUGAAGCAAACGUUGUCGCUGGACAAGCCCAAAUCGUCCGCUCUCCAUCUUCUACAACUUCCGCUACGUCUUUUCCUGUUUGUUUUUAUUCCAUACGUUCCAUCAGUAUAAUGAUGCGAGUUUCUUGGGGAGCGUUUAUUGUGACUAUUGGUUCGAUUUUUUUUUCUUUAUUUAGCAUGACGAAGAAACGAGUUAAUUUUUACCAAAGACCUUCAUAAGCUUUGUUUGCAAGUGCGGAUCUGUAACAGAAUUUGUUUGUUUAAAGUGUGAAUUCUUAUUGAAGAAUCUU